AUGGUCAACAUACUCCGUAUACAAGGCGCCUCUUGGCUCCCGUCUGGUACCUCGCUAAAUGCCGAUCUGGCGGAUUCAUCUCCCCCAGGGGACUUUACAACUACAACCACCCUAUUUGAAACGUCAUCUUCUUCCAGCACAAUGUUGGUCUCCUUGACAGUCGGAAAGGUUGACGCGGGUGUCGCGGUUCUCCUCACCCAAGAUAAUCGACUCAUCGAGUUCCCCUCAGUCCUCCUCCCAGACAACAUUGCAUCCGGCAGCAUUGUCGACAUCACCGUGUCGCGCAACCAUGCCGCCGAAUCAGCAAACGCAUCAGCCUUCCAGACCCUCCAGAAACGAAUCCUCAAUACAUACGGCGUCAAAGCCCCCACGGCGCCGAUUCUGCGCCUCCGAAAUGCCACCCAGACCUCGCUCGUGCUAGAGUGGGACCCAAUCGAUCUGGCGACUGCGUCCCUGAAAUCGCUCUCCCUCUAUCGCAAUGGCUCCAAGGCCGGCUCGAUUCCUCGUCCCCUCGAAACCCGCAGUACCAAGAUCAGCGGCCUCGCAAUUCACUCCGAAUACUCUUUCCACCUCGUUCUACGCACUACGGCCGGUACCUACCAGUCUGAAAAGCUGACGUGUCAAACCCACAAGAUGACAGAUCUGUCGGGUAUCACAGUGACAACAGGGAUUCUGGAUCCCCAGCAAAAGGAGGCCCUUGGUGCUGCGCUGGAUCGCAUUGGUGGAAAAAUGAUCGACACUGUCCGCAUCGAUACCACUCACUUCGUCUGCACAGAAGGCCGGGGCCAAUUGUGGGAGAAGGCUGUUAGCAUGAACAUUCCUGUCGUUGUACCAGAGUGGGUGGAUGCUUGCGAAACAGAAGGAACCAUUGCCGGUGUGCGUGGCUACUAUCUCAAUGCAGACCCCAAGGCCCGUCAACUAGGUGUGAUCCACGGCUCGUCCCACCAACGUACCACUUCUACUCUCUCCUCUGCAACUCAGCCUCAGGGAAGGCCUAGCUCGCAGCCCCAGCGUAGCCCUGCGCAAGAGCAGGUGCCAGAGGAACCACCUCUGACUCCUUUCCCUGGUGGUGAGAUGAGUGGACAGCCCCAGGCUCAGGCUGAAGAGGUACAAUCGGAAGAUGGGGAAGUGUCGCCUCCUCCUCCUCCGCCCAAGGAUGAUGCUGAGAGUUCUAAUAUUGUUGAGAAUGGGACUGACUUGGCGCAUGGUUCGGACGCGAAGGAUGGUGAAUCCGAGGUCGGGGCUGAAAAGAGUGACGAACCAGAUAAAGAGCAGACUCUUCCGCAAAACAGGCCUGAUGGUGAUUCUGAGGCUAGUCCUAAUGUGAAGAGCAAAGGCAAAGAGGGUGAUGAUUUCAACGAAGUCCCGCUGUGA